GCUAAAGAUGGUCUUUAUCGUGGUUCAAUGGCAGAACGAGAAUAGCGUGAGUGUUGUUAACGAAAAACAAGUGGUUGGCGCCGUCGACCUGAAAGAAGGUACAACCGUUGAUAUAUCGACCGGCACCAACAAAGGUCGCGUGGCCAUUUACAAGGCUACCAUUUUGAAAGUUUGCGCGACAAAGGCACAGGCCCUUGAGAUUGAGAAAAGUCUCCUGACACCCGCAGCUGCGGAGACUACAGGAGAUGAGAAAAGGAAGAGACCGAGGAAGCCUUCACAGAAAGUGAAGGAGAAUGUUGAAGGAGAUGAAGGAAAAGAUCAAGAAGAUGUGGAUAAUGAUACAGAUCAGUUUUCACAAAAGAAGAGGAGAAUGAACAAGAAAGGCAAAGGUAACUUUAGAAUUGCAAGCUCGCUGUAUAUUCUCAAGUUCGCAUCCUCAGUAUAUUUUUUGAGAGGGCAUUUGCUAGAAUCCAAUUCCAAAAAUAGAUCCAUCUAAAGGAGGUAAUU